AUGGCUGCCGAAAGUGACCAACAACUCCAGUAUGCUUCCUUCUGGGACGCGAAGUACUCACAAUCAGACGGGUCGCAACCGGUUCACGAAUGGUUCCGCAAUUUUGAGCAACUGGAGCCCUUCCUCACUAAAUACGUCUUCUCAGUUCCCGGCUUCAAGCCCAAUGACAACCCCCUGAUCCUGCAUGCCGGCUCAGGCGACAGCACCAUCCCCCAUGACUUCUACGCGAAAGGCUACCGCAAACAACUAUGCGUCGAUUUCUCGCAAACCGUGGUGAACCUUAUGUCGAAGCGGCACAAGCCCUAUGAAGGGAUAGAGUGGCGCCUAAUGGACCUACGCGAUAUGCAAGGUGUAGAGGACUCGUCAGUUGAUGUAAUCUUCGAUAAGGGCGCGCUUGAUGCCAUGGUAUACGGGCCCAUGUUUUCGCCUCCGAAGGAAGUGAAGGACAAUGUGCAGGCAUAUCUCAAGGAGGCCCAUCGUGUCCUCAAGCCGAAUGGAAAGUUCCUAUGGGUAGGAUUCCGCCAGCCUCUCCAGAUGCAGUACAUCUGGAACCUUGACGAGCUGUGGAAGAUUGAAAAAAGGGAAAAUAUGGGUGAGCCAGGUGGGUUGUCGUACUACGGCUGGGUGUUCAGCAAAGUCACAACAAAAUCAGACGGCAAAAGUGAGAGUCCAGUGUCGCAGGCGUAA